GUGAAGGAGGAACGAGGCACACAGGGAGCGGGAGGGAGAAGUUUGAAAUGCCUCGUAGCUGGUUUGCACGUAUUUGCCACCAUAGCAGGCAAGAGGCGGAGAGAGAGGGAGAGAGAGAGAGAGAGAGUUGGCACAACAGCAGGAAAACAGAGGCAGGGAGGUUUGUGUGUGCCUCCUGGGAAGAAGCACACAGUCAAUAUCUAGGUCUCCAGUAAACAUCUGUGAGCCUCUAUAAAGCUGCUGUGUGACUGCAUGGAACCACGGAGCAAAGGCAAAAAAGAAAUAUCACUUUCAUUUACAAUUUAAUCAUCACUCCAGCAGCAGACAUACAGUAGAUCUCCAGCACUGAAGGGCAGCUACACUAGCUAAUACCUGGGAGGAGUUUAAAGAGACUUUGCACUGAAAAGAGCCGAGACAAACUGAGCAGGGAUCAUCGAACUGAACAGAAAAUGACAGCUGCAGCAGCUCUGGAACUCGACGAGCUAUGUUUCCUGUCGGCACAGUCCAUGUCCAGUCUGAAGGUAUCCGAACACUUCCAGGUGGUAAAGCUCCUGGGAGAGGGAUCUUAUGGAAAGGUCAUGCUGGCAGUGCACAGGAAGAGAGGAACUCCAAUGGCCCUGAAGUUCUUCCCUCGUCAGUCUACAUCCCUUGCAUCUUUCCUGCGUGAAUACAAUCUCUCCCUUUCUUACUGCACCCAUCCGUCUCUGACACGGGCUCUUGGCAUCUUCUUCUCCACACCCUCCUACUAUGUCUUUGCCCAGCAGGCUGGCCUAUAUGGCGACCUCUACAGUGUUAUAGUGUCUGAGGUCGGGGUGGAUGAGGACUGCGUCCAGAGGGUGAUGUCUCAACUGAGCGGUGCUGUCACACACCUCCACUCGCUGGGCUUCGUCCACCGUGACAUCAAACCUGAGAACAUCUUCCUGUGUGACAGCUCCUGCCGCUGGGUCAAGCUGGGCGACUUCGGCCUCGCCCGGGCCAUCGGCUCCACCGUCAGAGCUGUGUGGUACGAGUCGCCCUUCUGCACGCCUGAGGUGGAAUGUGCCAAGGAGGCUGAGAAGGAGAUGGAAAGGAGGCAGAGUGAGGGGAACGAAGAGGAGGUGGAAGACAUCUGGAUAACGGUGGAGCCCAGCAUUGACAGCUGGGCCCUCGGCAUGCUCGUCUACUGCCUGCUCACCGGCUGCUUCCCCUGGGAGGAGAGCACGCACGAUGACCGCCUCUACCGCAGGUACAAGGAGUGGUUUGACCGUGAGGCUGAAAAGGAGGAGAAGACGAGACACCUUGAUUGGAGUUGUAAUGAGAACCAAGACAGUUACACAAUCAUGAAGGAGAACCACAGAGACAACCCUCCCCCUUCUCAGUUCGAGGGCCUCAGCCCACUGGUGAUGGCUCUUCUCAAGGAGCUGCUCCACCCUCAGCCCAAGCACAGGGGAAGCCCGGAGGAGAUCCUGAGCUACCUGGGAGGGCCGUGGCUGAUGGAGACAGAGCGAGAGGAGAAGAGGAAAGCCGAGGCCGCAGAGAAGGAAGCCAAACAAAUAAGAGAGAGAGGAGCUGUGGAAAAAGAGCUGCUCAGGGAAGGAAGAGGGGAGAGAUAAGAUUUGUAUUUGUGAAACAGUUUUAUAAGGCAGGAUUUGAAUUAAUUGUAAUAUUGUGAAUAUUUCUGUGUAUGUUUGUAGAUAUUACUCCAGUCCAAAUGUAUACACUUCAAGGUGCUGCAUUUUUGAUAUUUUUAUAAAUAGAAUAAAAAAGUUAAGACUUCUGUUGUUCUAUGUAGCCUAUAUUUGUGUGUAUAUAAUAAAGUUUAAUAUCCGAACAACAAGCUGUAUUAUAAUGCCUAUACAAUCUGUAUUUAAAAUAAAGACGUAUAGUUAGUUUAAUAUAUUAUGAUGUAGAGUGUGUUAGUUAUAGGAGGAGUAAAGAGUUCUAAUACAUGUUGUCACGUUGCUGUAUACAGAUUUGCAUACUUGUGAAGUGUACGAUUCAUAGAUGUCCAGAUGUCUCAUAUUGUAAUGAUUUAAUAAACAUGUACAUUAAAUGUGAAGUCGCACCGUUC